GAGUAAAAAGCAGGACACUACAACUGUAACUAAUAAAUAGAGGAAUGGAUAAUAAAAAUCGAAAGUGAUGAGGAUUAUUUUAACAAUGGCUGAUACCCCAAAAAGAUGUACAUCAAAAAGAAAAUUAACACAAAACUACCAAAGUUAAUACACGUGAGAUAUCCAACAUGAUGAACGUCAGUUAUGUUGUAUUAAGCAGACUUGUACACACUGAUUUAAGACUAAUUCUUCGACAUAGCAAAGUAAAACUUUAUUCAACAUUAUCCUUCAGAAUAUGCCAUAAAAGCAGUGCAAUUAGAAACUCCUUAUAUUAUGCAUGUAGGGGUUUGUCAGGAAUCUCAGAUGGCGGAAAUGAACAAAAUGUACCAGGAAAGGAUACACAAGACAAUUCUGAAGAUACGAAAACUAUUGGUAGCGAGAAAAGUACUGAAAUUGUAGGAAAUGUGAAAGAGGACAUUGCUAAAACAACAAAAGGUUCUAAAAUUACGAAAUUAUUGCCAGAGAAAACAGCUUUGCCUAAUGAGAGUGAUAUUGAUUUAGAAACAACAAAAGCAAAGAGGACACGACCAUCAAAGAAAAGUGCUACAGAUGAAGAGAAGAAAGAGAAAAAAGUGAAAAAGAAAAAGGACUCAUUAAUGGACCUAGAAGAUUUUUCAGGGCUAGAUGAAAAUGUAAAGAAUCUUUUGGAAACUCACAAACUAAAGCGUAUAGUGGGACAUACUUGUGUUAUCAUCAACUGUCUAAAAUGUUCAGUGAUCAAGAAACCUGUUGUUAGUGAUGCCAUAUAUGUCAAUAAAACUACAGGGUAUUUUACGUGUUUUACAUGUAAAAAACAUGGUCCCUUAACUGCUUUACAGGAAAAUUUUGAAACAUUGAUAAAGACAAAAGUUGCUAAAAAGAACUUUGUGUGUUUUAAUGACAAAGACACAUAUGAUAUAUAUGAUUGGACAGAAGUUGAUGUAAAAGCGCUGGAAGCUCUUGGAAAAGGUGAACAAUUGAAGAAAUUUAAAUCAGAGGAAUUCAAACAGAUCGAAGAAUUACUUGGAUUUGAAAAUAUCCAGAAGUCCACACUGGAAAAACAGAAUAUUACCUAUGACAGGGAAAGACAUGCUUUAUUGAUUCCGUACCGAAGUCCUGAUGGAGUUUUAAUUGACUGUAAAUGUUUGACACCAUACUUCGAUGAAGAUGGAGAAUUUAAUGGUUUAUCUUAUUCCUUUACUAAUGGAUCAGGUCAGAGUUCAUUAUUUGGAUGGAGAAAAGAAGAUGAGGAGAAAAAACAGUUGAUUUUAACAAAGACAGAAAAAGAUGCCCUAGUAUUACAGCAGACUACCUCAGACUAUAGUGUAUUAUCUCUUCCUAGAGAAUCAAAUCUUCCACAGGAGGUAUUGCCAUAUCUAGAGAAGUUUGAAACUGUUAUCCUGUGGUUUGGGGAUGAUAUGCAGUCCUGGGAAUAUACCAUCAAAUUUGCCAGGAAACUUGGAGAGAGAAGAUGCCUGGUUUUCAGACCUGGUGAUGAAUGUGCCACUCCACAUGAAAUAUUAAAAAGGAAUUUGAGUAUAUCACACACUUUGUCUAAAGCUAAACCAAUGAAAAAUGAUCACCUGACAUCCUUUGAAGAUUUGAGGACUGAAGUAAAGGCUCAGAUUGCUCAACAAGAAUUAGUAGCUGGUGUUCAAUGGAGGCGUUUUGUCCAGUUUAAUAAUGUAUUGAAAGGCUUGCGUCCAGGGGAACUAACUGUCAUGUCUGGUCGGACAGGAAGUGGAAAAACAACCUUUAUGAGUGAAUACUCACUUGAUCUUUGUAUGCAAGGGGUAAACACACUAUGGGGCAGCUUUGAGGUGAAUAAUACAAGACUGGCUAAAACAAUGUUAAUUCAAUAUGCUAAGAAGAAACUCUCUCCAGAAAAUUUGAAUGAAUUUGAUAAUUAUGCAGAUGAAUUCCAAAAAUUACCCAUGCACUUUAUGACAUUUUUUGGACAGAAUGAUAUUAAGAAAGUUAUAGAUACCAUGGCACAUGCAGUGUAUAUUCAUGAUACCCAGCAUAUUAUAGUCGACAAUCUACAAUUUAUGAUGGGAAGUGACAUGGAUGUCACAGAUAAAUUUUCCAAACAGAACAUAGUGUAUGCUGCCUUCAGAAGAUUUGCUUCAGCGCACAAUGUUCACAUAACAUUGGUUAUUCAUCCCAGAAAGGAAAAUGAAGAUACAGAAUUAACCACAGCAUCAAUAUUUGGGAGUGCCAAGGCAACGCAGGAAGCUGACAAUGUUAUUCUCUUACAGACCAGUAAAACAAAAAGAGGAGGAAAAAAAUAUAUACAGGUAACUAAAAAUAGAUUUGAUGGAGAAUUGGGAAAUAUAUCACUGAAAUUUGACCCAGAGGACUUGACGUUGUCAAAUGCUGGGAAAAAGGAGAAAAAAUCAUCAGGAAAAAAAAUAUCUGACGAAAAGACAAUUACUGAGUAUGAAGAUUUUAGUGACGAGUAUGAGGAGGAAGAAAAACAAAAAGAAUUUAUAAUGUGAUGAAUGUGAUACCAUAAAGCUGAAAAAUAAAAGAUGAAAGGUGACGUUCUGGAUAAAAAUAACGUUAGAAAGAGACCUGUUUUACUCUGUCAAGGAGAAAGCCAACACCUUAGUAGUGUUAUUAUAUGUGGAUAAAUUCAUAGGCAAAAGUAUCAGGAUUUUUUUAAAUACCUGUACCGAACAGUGAAAAAAGGUGACUACAUGCCUUUUAAGUUACAAUCAAAAUUUUGCCCAUGUAACUUAGGCACAGAGAAGCAGGUGAAAUCUGGUGUCUACUCAACUCUACUGAUUAUAGGUACUUUUUCGAAAACCAUUGUGUUCAGAUCAGUUUAAGGGUACAAUUUUACGUGUUAUAAGUUGAUAGUAUUAUGGAUUAAUUAUUUUAAUUUUAAGAAUCUGCAUAAGGUCAUAUGCAUCUUAUUUAACAUGUGUAUGUUUUAUAAGUAUUUAGACAGGUUUUCUGUCAACAGAAUAUAUUUUACCUUUGAAAUGUAAUGAGGUUAACCCAUACUUGCUUAUUUUUGAAAAAUCUCCUUGGUUUUGUGUGUGUGUGUGUGACAACAUUUAAAAGAGUUACAAUUUUCAUGGAAUUUUGCAUACAUGUUUUAUCUCUACAUAUAACCAUUAGUGUCAUAUCCCUUUUUUAGCUCACCUGGCCCAAAGGGCCAAGUGAGCUUUUCUCAUCACUUGGCGUCUGUCGUCGUCCGUCGUCGUUAACUUUUACAAAAAUCUUCUUCUCUAAAACUACUGGGCCAAAUUUUACCAAACUUGGCCACAAUCAUCAUUGGGGUAUCUAGUUUAAAAAAUGUGUCCGGUGACCCGGCCAACCAACCAAGAUGGCCGCCAUAGCUAAAAAUAGAACAUAGGGGUAAAAUGUAGAUUUUGGCUUAUAUCUCUGAAACCAAAGCAUUUAGAGCAAAUCUGACAUGGGGUACAAUUGUUUAUCAGGUCAAGAUCUUUCAGAUGAAUCGGACAACCC